AGUAGUGAAGCAGAUGGCCCCUCAGUUAGCUGAAAAAGGUUAGCCAGAUUGCUAACCUAAACCAACUUUUACUGUCACGUUAUAAAAACAUGACAGACGCGGAACUACUUUGACUUCACCUUGGCGGAGUGUAAUCUAUGGUUGCUGUGUCACUCAGUAAGUCUUUGCCAAGAAGUUUCCACAUGCUUUGACCCGACCUGCCAGGAAGUGCUUUUACUUUCACACACAGACAGACUUCUGCUGAGCCCCUCUCUCUCAGUCCAAGUACUGCAUGCACACAAUCUCCAACACUCACUGACCAGCUACAGCAAACACACACAAACCUAAGCUAACCCUUCUAAGCUAGGGAUACCAACACACAUAUCGCCACCCCCCCUUCUGCUACCUCUUCUGCUUUUCCGUGCUCCUCCCCUCUACAUACCUCUGGAGCAAUGCAAGCGUCUCUGCUCUUGCUGAAUUAUGAAUCAGGCAAACCACACUGAGGACCUCCAUCGCUCUCCCACUGAGCUCCUGAGCCGUGCAACUGGUCACAUCUCAGCUUGAUGGCCAUAGGAUAACAUGUAUGGACAUUUGUUUUUUUCAUCACAUAUUUCUUUUGGACCCAUUCUGAUUUUACUGAUGACUCCUGCCUACUCUUCAAUUAUUUGCAAUUCAUUGGCUUUCAACCCAGAAGGUGCUGACCACCAGACAUGCUAUUUAAUAUGAAUAAUAUUUCUGGAUAUCUUUGCAGACACUGAAUGAUCAAGAUGAAACGGAUGGACAAUUGUCAACUUUCAACUUGUUGUAUUUACAUUUAAUAACAUUGAACAGUUCUGCUCCAAGUAUUGAAAAUAGUAGAAAUACAUAUUUGUACACUAAUAUCAGCCAUUCAACAAAGUAAACCCAUUACCAGACUGUAAUGGGAGGAAAAGCAGAGGAGAGGGGGGCAUAUGGCCUUCCAGAGUGGAGGAAACCCAGGGAAGAAGCAGAAGAGAGUGACAGCGAGAAGGAUGUGGAAGAAGUGGGCAGAGUUAUGCACAUCCCUCUGCAUCGCUGGGUGAUGCACGGAGCAGUGAUGUUCGGACGGGAAUUCUGCUACGCCAUGGAAACCGCCCUGGUUACGCCAGUGCUGCUGCAGAUAGGUCUCCCCGAGCAAUAUUACAGCUUAACCUGGUUCCUCAGUCCUAUCCUGGGUCUCCUCCUCACGCCUGUGAUUGGCUCAGCCAGUGACCGGUGUACUCUGCGAAUCGGCCGGAGAAGACCAUUCAUUCUGGCCCUGUGUGUAGGCGUGCUGCUGGGAGUGGCACUCUUCUUAAAUGGAUCAGUAAUAGGCCUUUCCCUUGGUGAUACUCCCAGCAGCCAGCCAAUCGGCAUCGUGCUCACUGUAUUAGGUGUGGUGGUGCUGGACUUCAGUGCGGAUGCUUCCGAGGGACCAAUCAGAGCGUACCUUCUGGAUGUUGCUGACACCGACGAGCAAGAUAUGGCUCUGAAUAUUCAUGCCUUCUCUGCUGGACUGGGCGGGGCAGUGGGCUACAUGCUGGGAGGUCUAGACUGGACUGGCACAGCUCUGGGCCAAGCAUUUAAAGAACAGGAACAGGUGCUCUUCCUGUUCGCAGGCAUCAUCUUUAUUAUCUCCGUCACUCUGCACAUGUUCAGUAUCCCCGAGCAAUCUUUCGCUCCGUCCGACCGGCUUAAAGUCACAGGAAGGGCGUCCACCAGUCAGUUGUCUUUCAGACCUGUUGGUCACUCGGCACCUUUCCUUGAUGUGAUAGCGGAGGAGGAUGCUUCUGCUCGAGCGUCUUCCCAGCAGGACAACGAAUCGGAUUCGGAGGAAGGUGGCAUGGACUUCCUGGCUGUGGAAAGAGUGCGGAGUAAAAGCGACUCAGUCUUAGCCAUGCCAGACGCUACAAUCGAGAUGGAUUCUGAUCUCGAUCCAGACUCACAACAUUUCCUGACAGAGGUGCAUCGCUUUCUACCAGAGACGCAUGCAGAGCUACAAGAUGCUUUUCAGCCAUCAGAUCACAUUAUUGGGACCCUUUCUCCUUCUGGUGGACUCCCCGACCGUACUGAUGGGAUGGUAGCCUCUAAAAAUCCAGCUUGUACUGACUCGAAGGGUUCAACAAACCUUCAGAUACAUUCUGGUUCAGAGAACUCAAACCUAAAAAAACAGCAGAUCAAGGCUUUCAACGGUGCCAAUGCGAGCUUGUCCUCUUCUGACCAUUCCAGUGAAAUUAAAGACAACGCCCCCACUAAGCUGCUGACCAAGACCUCAGUUUCCUCACGCCCACACCCACACACCUUCUACAGACAGCCCUCCUUCACUUUUUCCUACUAUGGACGAGUGGGAUCACAGCGAUAUCGACUGCGAAAGGCAGCGCCCUUGAGCCCUCGGCCAAUCACCACCUCCCAGAGUCUGAAUGACCUGAGCGAGCUCCAUCGGCGUGCCGACCGGCGGGAGCUGCAGCUGUCAGCGAGCAGCCUCUCAUCUGAGGGCUCCAGCGCUGAGGGAGGACCAGACAAGGGCACCACUGUUCGGCUGCUCUGGUUAUCCAUGUUCAAGAUGCCGAGGCAGCUGUGGACAUUGUGUGUGUGUCACCUCCUCACAUGGUUCUCCAUUAUCGCUGAAGCUGUGUUUUACACUGAUUUCAUGGGGCAGGUCAUCUACCAUGGAGACCCAAGGGCACCAUCCAAUUCCACAGAGCUACUCAACUAUCACAGAGGAGUACAGAUGGGCUGCUGGGGGCUGGUGGUCUACGCUGCUACUGCUGCUGUCUGCUCUGCAAUCCUUCAGAAGUACCUGGAUAACUUUGAUCUGAGCAUUAAGAUUAUCUACAUUGUUGGAACUCUUGGAUUCUCAAUAGGAACGGCUGUCAUGGCGAUCUUCCCUAAUGUUUAUGUUGCCAUGGUGAUGAUCAGUAGCAUGGGCAUCAUCUCCAUGAGUAUCUCCUACUGCCCCUACGCAUUACUCGGGCAGUACCAUGAGAUCAAAGAGUACAUUCACCACAGCCCAGCAAACACAAGAAGAGGUUUUGGGAUUGACUGCGCUAUCUUGUCCUGCCAGGUCUAUGUCAGCCAGAUCUUGGUUGCAUCGGCCCUCGGCGCUGUGGUAGAUGCAGUUGGGAGUGUGCGUGUCAUUCCUGCAGUUGCCUCCGGGGGCGCCUUCCUGGGCUUCCUCACUGCCUGUUUCCUGGUCAUUUAUCCUGAUUUAGAGCCGAGCAGCUCAGAGACCAACCAGGCCUUGGUGGGUUUACCUGGAGAGCCAGAAGAAAAUGGAAAAAAGAACAGUGACCAGAGGUUGGCUCUGCUGAGCCUCACAGAUGGGGAAAGUUUGAAAAAGACUGAGAAGGACACAGUUGCCUGAGCAUUAACAUGUCAAGCCCCACUAUGUGAGGAUUAUACCAAAUGUCUGUGCCUUUCUGAUUGAGGGAGUAUAUUGAAAAGAGAGAAAACAUGGCAGACCGUGUAUUCCCAUCUACAGAAAUGUAGGCUGGGUGGAUUUGAAUGGAGAAUCUUUUUUUGAGUAGAGGACUGACCAAAAGAAACAGUGUUGGGCUGCUAUGCCUGUCUUAUUGCUACCUCCUCCUUAAAACAAAUACAAGUUUGGAUGGCUAGAUGGAUAGAAGUGAGCCAUUAGUGAAUUGGUGAGACUGUUCAAACUAACUUAGCUCGGACUACUGAAACAAAUGUAAGCCUUUAUUGCGAAAACACAAAUGGGAAGCACGCAAAGCACUUUCUAUCUUUAUUUCACAGAGGCUCCUCCAUUAGUGCUUAAUGGACAAUCAUAGUGCUGUGAAAGUGCGUGUGCAUUACAUGUAGACUGAAUACAGAUGUUCAUAUAUGUUCCAGUCUGUUAAGGGAAUACCUUUGAUGGAAGAUAGGGUUAUUAUUUUGUUAUUUAGGAAAUUGCCAGAAAGUUUCAAAACAACAUUCAAAGCCUUUUACAUUUGUUCAAGACCCACAACCUUUUUUUUUUAUUCACUUUUUUAAUUCAUUUUAUUAAUGCAUAGAACGGUAGUGUGCAGUAUGAAGUGACCUUUUAUGACAACACUUUGUUUUUUCAUAUUGUAGUAAGAAUUAAGCCAGCAGCUGUCAAUGUAUGUUUUGCUCUACUGUUGAGUGCAAUGCAAAGUCUAUCACAAUACAUUUUGCAUUGCAUUUUUUACCAAUAGUGUAACAUGGAUUCUAACUUUCUUUUGGGUUUCACUGGGAUUUGUUUUAGAGGUGGCAUUUGUUUUGCUUUUUCUUGAAUUAUAUCAAAACAUUUUUUUGUAAUAUACAUUCCAAAUACAGUUGAAAGGAGAAACACCAUCAUCAGGGUACAUACAGUAUGUAACAUCCAUUAGUUAGAGUGCCAAACCUAUCAUUUGACCUGACCUGAUGUACACAGUGGUCAAAUAUCAAGAUGAAUAGCUGCCAUACUGCCAGGAUUCAGCUUCCUUUAGAAUAACUAACAUGUUUGGAAACAGAGACGGUCUGUAAAGGAUUAUUGUUAACAUUUAGCAGAAUGCAAGAUAAUGGUUAGCAUAGUCCCCAUUCUCAGUGUCACAAACUGAGUGCAGUGUGCAUAGUGUCAUAAUCUACAGAUGUUCAACCUUAAUUCAACAGUUUUUUUCAGCAUCUUCAGUAAACUUUGCCAGUUAGUAUACAUGUCUUGCUCAGCCUUAAGUCUACUUAUAAGAACAAUAUUUAUUUAUUUAGGGCGGUUUUAAGCUAUAUCGUCUACUCUAAAACAUGCACUGCAUAUUGACGACUUCUAUGCAAGGCCACCGACUGAUCUAUGCAAACUUGAAAUUUCCCUGACUGGGAUGUGGUGACCAAAUGAAACGUUUUAGAGGACAACCAGAAAGACAAGUGCACUACAGCUUUUAUUCCUUUAGCACUUACUUAGUUCAAUGUAAUUUAGCUUUAGCUGGUCUACAUGUUUCAAAGAUCUUUCUAUCUCAGCAAGAAGCUUUUUAGGAAAACACUUAAUUUCAAGUGUUUCUAGAAACAGGCCCCUGACUUAUUGAAAUCGUUUUGGUUUUAUACAAAUGUUAAGAUGUUUAGGAUGCUAAUACUAUUUUAUGUUUUGGUUUGAAAGUCAAUCCCUUGUGUGAUUUUAAAGGGAUCUUUUAAUAAUUUUGCUGCUACACAAACUUUUGUACUUUGUAAACAAGACAUUUUUGUACCAAUUGUUUUGGUAUUGGUAAAAAAAAGAAUGAAUGCACCUUCA